UACCAACUGCACCUCACGGGAUGCAUUAACUCGGCCUUCAUUGCUUCUUCGAUUCCCAAUUUUAUGUCUUGCCCCCAAGCAUAUUCAUUGAUCGAAGUUCGAUAAUAAUGUUACAUAUUAGCGAAACUCAGAAACUCCAACAUUUAGCUUCUCUCCGUGUCUGAUUAUUCCAGAGAUUCAUCAAUGGUGGCGGCUUUGGAUUGAUCCGGGAUUCGUCCUGAUAGGGUUUCUGCAAAUUUUCGAGCUUGAAGGGAGAUGGCGACAUCGAAUUCUCCUCAUCGGUCGUCGGAGGACGUUGCGGAUUCGUCGACGCCGCUGCUGGCGAACUCUUCUUCGUCGGAGAGCGACCGCGGCCGUCGAUCCAUGCGGAGGCAGAGCCUGCGCGAGGCCGCGCGCUUCCUGCGCCGUGCGAGCAGCCGCCGGAUGAUGCGGGAGCCGUCGAUGUUGGUGAGGGAGACCGCGGCGGAGCAAUUGGAGGAGCGGCAGAGCGAUUGGGCGUACUCGAGGCCAGUCGUGGUUCUCGACAUCAUAUGGAACAUCGCGUUCGUGGUCGUGGCCGCCGCGGUUAUGGUUCUCAGCCGGAAGGAGUCGCCGACGAUGCCGCUAAGGGUGUGGAUUGUGGGUUACGCGUUGCAAUGCGUGCUACACAUUUUGUGCGUCUGCAUUGAGUAUCGCCGGCGGAGGCGGCGGGUGCGAGCUUUUUCUGUGGAGGAAGAUGGACGUGGGAGUGGGAGUAGGGGUGGAAGUGGCGAUAGUCCCAGUCCGGAGGAAAGUCAUUAUGUUUCACUGGUGCGAUUAGAGGAGGAGGGUUCCAGCAGUUGUGCAAAGCAUCUGGAGUCUGCUAAUACAAUGUUUUCGUUUAUCUGGUGGAUCAUUGGAUUCUAUUGGGUGUCAGCAGGGGGGCAAACUUUGGCUCAUGACUCCCCACAACUUUACUGGCUUUGCAUAAUUUUCCUGGCUUUUGAUGUGUUCUUUGUCGUUUUCUGUGUUGCUCUGGCAUGUGUCAUUGGCAUUGCUGUUUGCUGCUGUCUUCCAUGUAUUAUUGCAAUCUUAUAUGCUGUCGCAGACCAGCAGGAAGGAGCAUCCAAGGAAGACAUCGAACAAUUGUUGAAGUACAAAUUCCAAAAAAUUGGCAAUAUCGAAAAACAUAAUGGUGAGAUCCAAGUAUCUCGCGGAGGAAUAAUGACCGAAUGUGGCACAGGUUCACCUGUUGAACAUGUUCUUUCUGCAGAGGAUGCCGAAUGUUGCAUUUGCCUGUCAGCUUAUGAAGAUGGAAUUGAGCUACGAGAGCUUCCUUGUGGACAUCAUUUUCACUGUACCUGUGUGGACAAGUGGCUGCACAUCAAUGCUACCUGCCCCCUAUGUAAGUACAACAUCUUGAAGAGUAGCAGCCAUGGCAGGGAGGAAGUGUAGACUAGAAAUUCUGAAGGGAGUGCCAACUGCAUGCAUACCAUUCUAGCUCAUCAAAAACAUGCAUUUGCACCAAUGCACAGGCAUGUCAAAUCUUUUUUUAUUGUUGCUGUUACUGCUGUUGUUGUUGGUGGUAUUAUUAUAUAAUAGUAGUUUGUGGCUGUGGUGGUGAUUUUGUGUUUGUUGCUCUGGCUUUUGUAAGUGCUCGUGUAAAUGGAUGGCCGUCCAGGGCAUUGCUGCGCUAAUUACCCCAAUUGCACUUUGUCUCCUUUUAUAUCGAAGUGCUUGUAUUUUCCUUUUCUCAUUCCUGGUACAAACUAAACCAUAGUUUAUACAAUGUAAUAAUUUAUUAGUAA